CAAUGCAAUUUUCCGUCGCGAAGCCAUUACUUCCCCUCUUCCUCCCCUUCCACCACCGGCACCGCCGUCGCUUCCAAAAAAAUGACGAGAACGGCGUUCAUCCUCAUGCUUCUCCUCUCUUUCCUUUCUCUGUCCACGGCCGAGAUCAAAACCCUAAGGAUCAAUUCGGACUCCCGUCCGAUGAUCCUUUUCGAGAAAUUCGGGUUCACGCACUUUGGCCAUGUUGAAAUCUCUGUGGAUUCCGUCUCCGUCUCCGUCUCCUCCUCUAUUAGCCCUCCCAACCUCGAUCCUUCUCACCUCGGCUUCUUCCUCCUGUCGGAGGAGUCUCUUCUCCAGGUACUCAUCGAGAUCCAACAAAACCCUCACUUAUGCGUCCUGGAAUCUAACUACAUCACCAAACUCUUCACCUUCCGUGACCUCUCCCCACCUCCCGCUUCCCGCUUCAACGGAUCGUACCCCGUCACCUCCCCCAAUGAAUACUCUCUCUUCUUUGCCAACUGCGCCCCUGAGACCCUUGUUUCCAUGAACGUUCGGACGGAAGUAUACAACCUCGACCGCAAUCGCUUUAAAGAUUUCCUCUCCGCUGGCGUUACCCAGCUCCCUUCUCUUUAUGCCUUCUUCUCUAUCUUGUACCUUGCCGCCUUUGGUUAUUGGAUCUACGUCUGUUACACCAACAAGCGCUCAGUCCACCGGAUCCAUUUGUUGAUGGCUGGGUUGCUACUGUUCAAGGCGUUGAAUUUGAUUUGUGCCGCAGAGGAUAAGCAUUACGUGAAGGUCACCGGGACACCUCAUGGAUGGGAUGUUCUCUUUUACAUUUUCCAAUUCAUCCGUGUUGUGCUGCUUUUUACGGUGAUUGUGUUGAUCGGAACGGGAUGGUCCUUUUUGAAGCCGUUUCUGCAAGAGAGGGAGAAGAAGGUGUUGAUGAUUGUGAUUCCUCUUCAGGUGUUAGCUAACAUUGCGUCUGUCGUGAUCGGCGAGACUGGACCCUUUAUUAAGGACUGGGCAACAUGGAACCAGGUGUUCUUGGUGGUGGAUGUUGUCUGUUGCUGCGCCAUCAUUUUCCCAAUUGUCUGGUCAAUUCGGUCCCUUAGGGAGACCUCGAAGACAGAUGGGAAGGCGGCGAGGAACUUGGCCAAACUAACACUAUUCCGGCAGUUCUACAUUGUGGUGAUUGGCUACUUGUAUUUUACAAGAAUUGUGGUGUUUGCACUCAAAACAAUUGCAGCUUAUAAGUACCAGUGGGUGAGCAAUGCUGCCGAGGAGACUGCAAGCCUUGCAUUCUAUAUAGUGAUGUUUUAUAUGUUUAGGCCAGUAGAAAAGAAUGAGUACUUUGUUCUUGAUGAAGAGGAAGAGGAGGCUGCAGAGCUGGCUCUUAGGGAUGAAGAAUUUGAGCUUUGAAAAUGGGCACUGAAGAGUACUCCAUCGAAUUAGUUUGCUGCAAAUGGGUAUAGUUUGCAUGUUUGUUUAGUGGAUUUACAGAUACUAAUGCUAUGUCAGGGCUGCUGACUGUUUUUAGUGUUUUAUCCUUUCUUUUUUCCGGUUUAUUUUCCUUUUAUCAAAACUUUGAUAUGCCUUCUUGUGAUUCUCCUACCAUGCAAUAGGAAUUCUCACGUAU